UACAAAUAGUCCAGAUUUAUGCCAUUUGAUUCAUUCCUCUGUUGUUUGGAAGGCCUUUUUUUUUAAACCCAUUUUUUUUUACACGCAGACUGGGCUAUGUUUAAUUUGUAUUAUACAGUUGUUAUGUAAACUGUUAGAUCUAGAUCUAGAUUAGACAAAAUCAAAGAUAUAAUGGCCGAAUCGAAAAGAUCCCAGAGCAAAUCUUGCAAGAGAAGGGAUAAAGAGAAUGAAUUGAUUGGCGAGCUGUCGUCUCUCUUGCCCUUAGAUCUGUCCAGGGACUCCAAACUGGACAAACUAUCAGUUUUGCGCAUGACACUAGCUUAUCUAAAGUGCAGGAAAAACAUAGAAUCAGAUGAAAGCGACUUACGUGAAUGCCUCGCAAAAGAACCCGAUACAGAUCUCUCCAAGUUUCAAAACUCCUCAGUACCGUUAGCAAUGCUGGACAAUGACGGGAAACUAAUAGCGGGCACACUGGCUGAACCUGCACAUGCCUUCAAAAAUCUGGACAUUAUUCUACCGGAAUCUGUUCUGUCCAGCCUCGAGCAAACACUAUUUAGCUCAAAUUCUGAUGACGCAAUAGACGUGGACAAGAGAUACGAGAAACUGCAGAAGUACAAGGAGGGACUUGAAAAAGGCAUGCGCGAAUUUCUUAGUCAAGCGCCAAGGGAGUUAAGUGACUCUAAAAACAUCACUAAAGGUACCAAGAAGAUUAAGAAUAUAAAAGAUCGCCAAAAAGAGGCUCCAGUUGCAGACAAUGGCGACAUGGAAAGUGGGAGUAACUUUUAUGUUUCAUCCUGCAAUGCCAAGAAAAUUGCAAAAUUUCGAUCGCAGAUUCCAAUAGACAAUGAAAGUUCCUUGAUGCUGGAAGCAGUGCCAGGAUUUUUCUUAUUGUUGGAUCGAAAUAAAAAAGUUUUGUUUGUAUCUGAAAACAUCAAGGAUAUUUUAGGAGUAACUCAGAUGAAUGUCAUAGGCCAAGAUAUCUCCAACUUCAUCUAUGAGAAAGAUUUCACAGAAUUAGAGAAACAGAUGUGUGAUGAACAGUUUAGUGACGAUAAAGACAGAGGAGUUCGUGACUAUGUUUUAAAUAGAACAUUUUAUCUUGCAAUGAACUUUUGUUUCCAAAAGAAUGGAUCUCGCCAAAAAAAUUCUGGACAAAAGUUGUUUCGUUGGGAUGCUAAAGUAAGGAUAUAUAGGGAUACAUCAAGUCAGGAGAUCAGAGUCAAAGGAUUAUUGAGCUUGUGUCGACCAGUACGAGACGUAUCGAUAUCAGAUUUCCAGUGCUGUGAAUUCGUGUUUUAUUCCAAGCAUGGCAACGAUUACAAAAUCGUAUUCUGUGAUCCAAGGGUUCAUGAUAUCCUGGGAUACGAUCCCAAACAAUUCUUGGGUACUGAUGGGUUCAGUCUGAAACAUCCUUGUGACGUCAUGAUGUGCCAUUACAAGCAUAAAGAGUUGCCCAGCAAAGGGACUGGAGAUUCAGGAUACUACCGUUUGCUGGCCAAGACUGGCAAGUGGAUGUGGGCCAUCUCUCACUACACGGUCUGCUAUGACAAGGAAGGUCAGCUGACCUAUGUCAAUGUCAACACUUAUAUUGUCAGUAUGGAAGAAGCCAAAUGUAUUUUGUCCAGAGAGAAAGAAGAUUAUCAACGUAUGAAAAACGAAGGUUUUGACUUUGAUCUGACUUAUUAUGGCCUCAGUAAGCCAACCCUCGCUACGUGGGCCGCUAACAAAAAACUUAAAAGAAAAAGGUCUCAAAAGAAAGCAGAUGGUGAUGAAGUUACCGCUCUGUGUGUCACCAACCUUGAAUCUGGCAGCACUGAUAUAAUAUGCUCUUCCAUAUCAUCCAUGUCUUCAUCUGAUGCAGGACUGGAAGCUCAUCUAUAUAAUGAAACACGUAUUCAGCCAUCAACGUUAGAUUCACCUCCACUUUCUCAGCAAAGUGGGUCUGAAAUAACGAUGAAUUCCUCACCAUUAGACUUUGAGCAUGUUUUGUCAUCUUCUGGUGGCUCCAUUAGUUCUAAUCUCUUUUCACCUGACAUUGUCGAGCAGGCGGACACUGAUGAAAGAGGUAACUUAUCUUUGGGAAAUAGAGAACAAAGUGUGCACACACGUGUAACUGAAAACAACAGCUGUGACUUGACAUCAGAAAUAUCCCAUAUCUUGCAGGAUACAGAAACAUCCCAUACUUUGCAGGUUCCAGAAACAUCCCAUACUUUGCAGGUUCCAGAAACGACCCAUAUCUUGCAGGAUGAUGAUAUCACCAUGUUGGAUCUUGACAUCGAUUAUUUGUCUCUGCCCAGUGUCAAUCUGGACAGCCCAAAUAUUGAUGUAGAAAUGUUGAUGUCUUCUACAGAUGAGCUUCAAACACCAGCUUUAGAGGAGGGUCUGUUUACUUCGACCCUGGAGUGGACCCCACUAACCAGUCCAAAGGGUUUCGCAAAAACAUCAACCUUAGAAAGAUGCCAUAAUUCUGACUUCGAGAGUACUCAAAGUUUAGAUCUUGGCUCCACAAUUCCAGGCGAUUUUGAAGUGCAGAGUAUUCUUAACUAUUUCAUGCCAGACCGAGGGAAAACUACCGAAAGAGAUAUUUCGUCAAUACAGAGAGAAGGCAAAGGCCAUGACAGUCAGCUAAGCCCAAACUUACAAUUAUUGACUGCUGAGCACCAAGUAGACUCCAAAAAUACGAAGAGCUAUUUUAAGUGCCCACAGAAUACUUGUCCGUUGACCACUGCUACUGCUAGAGACGAAGCUAUUUCCGAUAAUCACUGGACUAUGUUAGCUUACCAACAACCCUCUAGCCAACAGUGGACCACAGAGGAUAGUCGACGAGCUUCUGGUGAAAUAACUCUUUCUGAUGUGAACCAUAACAACAGAUCAUCCAAAAGUUUUGAAACCAGUAAAUCUCUAGAGACACUUUCUAGAACUGAAACAUCUUCUUGUCACAUUUCUUCAAGUUCAGAACCUCAGAAAAACAAACAAGUUUCUAAAAUGAAUUCUCAUAAUAUCUCAUUAUUGAGUCAUAAUGAAUUUUCACAAUGUAGCUAUGAUGAUUCCUUGGACACAUCAACAAUAACAGGAUCAGAUCCAGGGUCAGGGCUUUCUUCCUACAUAAGUGAACUGUGUGAAUCUGAUCUAGAGAAUAUACAACCAUUUAUGUCUGAAGAGUAUAAUGAAACAAGAAACACGACGCACUUAGCAGAAGUCAGUUGGGGACUUCAUAACUCUUCUCCGCUUCGAAGUGACAAUAGCAGCAUCACUAGCUGCCUUGAAGUUGACCAACGCUUAGAAGCAGUGUGUGAAAACGACACAUUUGAUCAGAGUUUAGCUCAAGAAUUAUUUGAUUGGAUGGAAAGUUGUGCCUCUGCUAAAAACGAGCAGCUAAAUGACAUUGUCUCUGCUCCACGUAUGCUAAAUCAUACUAUUUCCAACAGUCAGCAAUUACACUGCAAAACAUUAUUCUCAAAAGAGCUUUCAAAUGCGUUUUCAAACAACACUGAAAAGACUUUUCAAUUGAAUCCUUCUGCACUUAACAUAAAUAUUCCUAAUUGUCGUGGAAAGCAUGAACAAACUUUAUCUUCAGGCAACUUGUCAAAUUUCCAGGGUGCUAACACCAGUGACGUAUUUAACAAAUAUAAUUUUGAGCUAGAUAGCGGAGGACAUUUAGCUGAGUCUAUUUCUAACACACUUGUUAUUUCUGGCACCGAAGAUUGCGAUACAACAUUUGGGAAACAGCAACAUUCCACAGAUAAAUUAAACAAUCUAAUGGAAUUGUCCGAUAUAUUAGAAGACUUUCUCUGAACAUUUAAAUGAGAAAGAUGUCUGAGCUAAGAUGUCUCGGACUCAAAGCUGUUCAGAGUCUAAUUUUUUUUCUUUCGGGCUUUUGCGUCUCUCUGAGGGAAGUCUUUAAUAUCAAUACGUCAUACAUCCAUAAAGUAUCUCACCAACGUAAUUAUUAGUUAAAUUCAUAGAUAUCUGCAGGAAUUAGCCCCCCCCCCUCCCGACAAGAUACUCCCUAGUUCCACAAGAUGGACGACUACCUUGUCAUGUGAUAAUCGCUCUGGCCUGUCGUCUAGAUGGUAUGGGGUUAAGUCCUGCCCGUCUCAAUCCCCUGACGUCCUGUGGAAGGUUUGAGCUAGGAUGUAAUUAUCUUCAAUUGUGAAGGAACAUCCGCAGCAUGUCAAACAUGUGGGAAAGUAAAUAUAGCCAACUUUGUGUGCGCUAAACUUGGAUUAUAAUUAUUACUUCCAACGUUUAUAAAUUGCAUUAGUUUAUUUACUUACUUUAGCUUAAUGAGGGUUGAACUCAGUUCAUAUCCAUGCCAUUUCUUAUAUAAAUUACAAUAAACAAACUUACAAACACAAAACGAUGGUGUAUUUAUUGUAUAUAAUUUCUUCAUCUUCAGCUCUUCUUUAGUCUGUUGGCGUGUUGGGGCACCACACAUAAUAUACUGACCAUCUCUCUCCAUCCUUCUCUGUCUUUCGCCAUGAUUAGAGUCAUUCCCAUUAACAGGCAUGUCCAUUAUUUGAUGUCUUCCUCUCUCUUAUUUUGUCAGUUUCUCCGUUUCUUCACUCGAACUUUCCCGUACAGAAAUUUCUUUGUAAGCCCUGUGGAUUUUGUAAUAUUACUGUAGUCUUAGCUCGGGUUUGUUGUUGUUACAAAGUUGAUCGUGGGGUUUGAUUGCCUUUGUGAUCCUGUUAUUACACUGUGCAACUCAAGAAUAAAUGAACAACAAACACGUCUGAAUAAUCUCUGUAUAUAAUUCUCUUCAUGGCUCAACAGUUUGGGCAGUUUGUUAUCUCGGUGCUGGACCAACUUUGCUAUCGAGCCAGGCUACUGGGCGAAACUUUAGGCUUGAAAUAAAUGAUUAAAUUUUUAACUUGGAAGAAAGUGUUCAGGGAAAGCAAAAGUCACGUGACAGCAUAUGAAAUGAGUUGAUGUAAAGUAACAUCCGCCAAGUGCUUGUCUACCACUAGAGAUUCUUAGGAUACGACGCAAGUCACUGGUAGAUAAUGGAUUGAUGGGGCAAACGUUUUGCACUUAACCUGGCCAUACACUUACCACAGACUCCCAGUGCAGCUUCCACACCUCAAUGGUAAAGUAAAUUUAAAAAAU